AAUCUCAGUUACUUUAAGAAGAAUAAUAUCUGCAGUUGUGUGCGGAGAUAUUUACUUUAAAAAAAAUAAACAAGUAGCAUCAGCUUCAGCAGCUUAAAGACCACGUCCGUCUCUCUGUGUUCCGACUCCUUCCUCGUACACUCCCUCACACCUUUGUCAAUAUCCCAAUUUCCAUUCUAUCUAUAAUCACCAUUUUACCAUUUUUAGACCCAAUCAAUCAAAAUCCACCACAUUAAAUACCCCCAUUAUCAUAAUCUCAUUUCAUAUCUUUCAUCUUACACUAUUUUUAUUUCAUCUAAUCUUCAUCAUUCUCCCUCUAAUCCUCUUUCAACAUCAUAGAAAAUGGGUUCUGAGGUACUAGAACAACCACAACACAAUCCAAAACCAACAACAAACACAAACAUUAACAAACUCAAUGAAAACACAGACACAAUUUCCACCGAAAACAACGCCAACGGUAACAUAACCGUUACGAAAAAAACACUUUCACUAAUACAACCUCAUUCACUUCUCCCAAAACCAACACCCCCUAUUUCAAAUUCACACCCCCAAUCCCCAAACGCAAACGACGUCGUUCCAUUAAACUUCAAAACUUUCUUCCGUCAGCGAAGUAACGACUUAACGUCAGCAAUCACACGAACAAUUUCAUCAAUCAAAAAUUCAAUCGACGACAAAAACGAUCAAAACGACGACGUAACAGAGUUUAAACUUUCAGGUUUAAAAGUAGUUGUAACUGUUAAAAACGACGCGUCGUUAGGGAAAGUUCGAAUCACUUUGUUUUCGAAAUCGAAUUGCAGAGAUUGUUCUGCAGUUCGAAGAUUCUUCAGAGAAAGAGGAUUGAAAUUCGUUGAAAUCAACAUCGAUGUGUAUACAGAGCGUGAAAAGGAGCUGAAUCAAAGAAUCGGAAAUUCAAAUUCAACGGUUCCGAUGAUUUUGUUCAAUGAGAAACUAAUCGGAGGAUUGGUGGAAUUGAAUGCGAUGAGGAAGAAUGAUGAAUUGGAGAAGAAAUUGAUUGAGAUUGCGAAUGGAGGAUUUUCCGGCGAUGUUCCGGUGGCGCCGGAGUAUGGAUUUGAUGAGGUGGCAGAGGAGAAGGUGGUGGUGGAGGAAGAGAUUGUGAAGGUUGUGAGAGUUUUGAGACAGAGAUUACCGAUUCAAGAUCGGUUGAUGAAGAUGAAGAUUGUGAGGAAUUGUUUUGAUGGAAAUGAGUUGGUAGAGCUUCUUGUGAGAAACCAUGGUUAUGUUCAUGAUAAGGCUGUGGAGGUUGGAAAACAGUUAUGCAAGAAGCACUUCAUCCAUUCUGUUUUUGGGGAAAAUGAUUUUGAGGAGGGAAAUCACUUCUAUCGAUUCCUUGAACAUGAACCAUUUAUCUCAAAAUGUUUCAAUUUCCGGGGUGCAACAAAUGAUAGUGAACCGAAAAGUGCAGCUGCAGUUUGUGAUAGGCUUACUAAGAUUAUGUAUGCCAUUCUUGAAUCUUAUGCUUCUGAAGAUAGGAGACAUGUUGAUUAUGUGGCCAUCAGCAAAAGUGAAGAAUUUAGGAGGUAUGUAAACAUGACCCAAGAUCUGCAGCGAGUGAAUCUAUUAGAACUAUCAGAAAAUGAGACACUCGCGUUCUUCUUAAAUUUGCACAAUGCCAUGGUCAUCCAUGCUAUGAUAAGAGUAGGAUGCCAAGAAGGUGUGAUUAAUAGGAAGUCCUUCUCUGAUUUCCAGUAUUUGAUUGGAGGACAUCCUUAUUCCCUUUCCACUAUUACAAAUGGUAUCCUUAGAAGCAAUCGGAGGUCACCAUAUUCCUUAGUCAAGCCCUUUGGCACAAAAGACAGAAGGCUAGAGGUUGCAGUUGUGAAAAUGAAUCCUUUGAUUCACUUUGGACUUUGUAAUGGCACUAAGUCAAGUCCAAAGGUCCGGUUUUUUUCACCUUGUAGAGUUGCUGAAGAAUUGAGAUGUGCAGCUAGAGAGUUCUUUGAGAAUGAUGGAAUUGAAGUUGACCUAGAGAAGAGGACCCUUCAUCUCACUCCAAUUAUUAAGUGGUACAGCGCGGAUUUUGGAAAUGAGAGAAAUAUAGUAAAAUGGAUAAUGAACUAUUUGGAUGCAAAUAAAGUAGGUCUUUUGACACAUCUCUUAGCUGAUGGUGGUCCUGUUCAUAUAUCAUACAAGAAUUAUGAUUGGUCAAUAAAUUCUUGAAUCAUUACACAGAAUUUACAGAAUGUCUAUAGUACAUAUCUCAGGGUUUGUUUAUUUCUUAAUGUGUUGAAACAUUGGUGAAUAUUGUUCUGGUAUGAAGUUAUAUCAAAACAGAAAAUAUAGAUUUUACUUUUACACUA